AUGAGACGCGUCUUUGCUUUACUGGUGGUCACUCUGUUGACUGCCAAUCACGUUAAUGCUGAUCUUGGUCUAAAUUUUACAGUACCCGGCCUAGUGAGCGGAAUGGCCGAUGCAGUUGGUGUCGGUGUAAUCGAAUUGAUCAAAGCAAACGGAACCAUCAAGAAUAACGCGGAAGUUGAUCCGUCCGGAGCGCUUGCAACGUUGGUUCUGAUAGUGAAUAACGUUACAAGUCCGUUAAAUAGACUGCUAGGAACGGCACUAUCGGUUGCUUCCAGCAAGACGAACAACGGUCAGCGGAUGUUUGGUAGCAUUUCACCACUAGUAAGUGAUACGGAAAAUGCAGUCAAUAAAGCAUUGAUAGCCUCGCAAGACUUACAACGAAGCAUACGUCCUACGCAGUUUGAUGAAAUCCAGGAGAAUGUUUCCAUGAUCCUUGCAAAUCUCCCGCUGCUUCAGGAUGCUUUUACCGUACUUAGUACGACAGUCUCACUGGUGCAAAAUUCGAGAUCGAACGAUUCAUCGCAGAUAAUAAAUGAUUUUUUCACCAGUUCCAUAAUUAACACGGUGAUUAACCCGGUACGUGACAUAACUGGAAGUGUUAACCGACUUGCAAAGAUCGUUACUGCCGUAACCAAAGACAAAAUGACGGCAUUGAACAUGCUCAGUGCCGUUAAUAGUACGCUUAACAACAACAACAAAUCCAUUCUGUCGGCACUCACAGCGUUUAACAAGACUUCAAGUGAUGCAAACUCAACAGCUGUGAAGAAUACUAAUAACCUUGGCUUCGCGAUUGACCAAUUGUACGUCCCAAUCACUUCGCGGCCGCAAAACUACAACGGAGGUGACAUCAGUAAUUUAACCGCUUUUCUUUCGGAUGUCAAAUCAUACUUAGCCGACACGAACGGCAAGGUUUCGGAAGCAUAUAGCAAUCUUCAGUAUAAUGUUACAAAUAUGCUAAACACUGCAACCAACCAAACUGCUCUGCUGCUUCUGGACACCGUUCAAAACAUUUCUCUACAGGGUCACACUAGCGGAAGUGACCAUGCCGACCGCUGCAUCAGCAAGUAUUCUGCUCAGCUGAACCAGAACCCGCUGCUUGCGAGUCGACUGGCCGUUUGUGUGCAACUGGAUAACGAUAACGUAUACUUCAUCACCAAGGUGUACCGAAUGUUGCUGGAUCAAACGAAAACACUGGCCGCUUCCGGGACGGCGACCAUUCUGGCCCGACAGUGUACGCAAGGACUGUCGAGUUGUGUGCAGACGUAUUUCGCAUCGUUCAAAAACCUUUCACAGCGGAUCAGUGAAAAAUUAGACCUCAGCAGCUCUCUGGUCAGCCGAGAAGUACAAGCAAUUCAAGCGCGCAUUCAAACCUGCACAACGGCUAUCGCGUCUGACAUCGCCGACAACGUCGUCCAGGUUCAGACCAAGUUCACCAACUGCCUGGCCAGUGGAUCUUGA